CAUCACAAACGUGAUAUUGCAUUUUAUAUCACUCGAGAUUAUAAGUUUCGCCAUUUUGUGGAUAUCGUUCAAUAUCGUUGUACUACCGCAAUGUCUUUUACGGGAAAAGUUGUUCUAAUAACAGGAGCCAGUUCAGGAAUUGGAGCUGAAACAGCUAUUCAACUGGCUCAGCUUGGUGCAUCGUUAUCGAUAACAGGGCGUAAUAAGCACAAUUUAGACAAGGUAGCUGAACAAUGUGGACAACCUAAACCGUUUAUUAUAACGGGAGAUCUAGCCAAUGAGAAUGAUGUGAAAAAUAUUAUCGACUCGACAAUCAAGCAUUAUGGCAAAUUAGAUGUUUUAGUCAAUAACGCUGCAAUUGUAGAAUUCGGUAGUAUAGAAACUCCAAGCUUAGAACAAUACGACAAUACUUUCAAUGUAAAUGUUCGAUCAGUAUUUCAAUUGACUACACUAGCAGUGCCACAUUUAAUCAAAACGAAAGGCAACAUUGUAAAUGUUUCAAGCGUCGCUGGAUUACGACCACAGAAGAAUAAUCUGCCAUACUGCAUGAGUAAGGCGGCUCUGGAUCAAUUUACUCGUUGCGUUGCUUUAGAAUUGCAUCACGACAGGUGCAUGUCUUUUGCGGGAAAAGUUGUUCUGAUAACAGGGGCCAGUUCAGGAAUUGGAGCUGAAACAGCUAUUCAACUGGCUCAGCUUGGUGCAUCGUUAUCGAUAACAGGACGUAAUAAACACAAUUUAGAAAAGGUAGCCGAACAAUGUGGACAACCUAAACCGUUUAUUAUAACGGGAGAUCUAGCCAAUGAGAAUGAUGUGAAAAAUAUUAUCGAUUCGACGAUCAAGCAUUAUGGCAAAUUAGAUGUUUUAAUUAAUAACGCUGGAAUUGUAGGAUUCGGUAAUAUAGAAACUCCAAGCUUGGAACAGUACGACAAUAUUAUGAACGUAAAUGUUCGCUCGGUAUUCCAAUUGACAGCACUGGCAGUACCACAUUUAACCAAAACGAAAGGUAAUAUUGUAAAUGUUUCAAGCGUAGCUGGAUUACGACCCCUCAGGAAUAGUUUGUCAUAUUGCAUGAGUAAGGCGGCUCUGGAUCAAUUUACGCGUUGCGUUGCUUUAGAAUUGGCAUCACGACAGGUGCGUGUGAAUUCCGUAAAUCCUGGCGCUGUAGAAACAAAUAUCCUUCUAAACACUGGACUGAGCCAAGAACAGAUUAAAAUCCGAUACGAGCAGUUGAAAAGGAUGCAUGCUUUAGAAAGAAACGGCGACUCUUCGGAAAUUGGAAAAACCAUUGCAUUUCUAGCAAGUGACGAUGCUAGUUUUAUGACAGGGGUGACAUUGCUUGUAGAUGGAGGUUUGCAUAUUGUGCCUCCCGGGGAUGUUGCGAUACACUAAAAUGAUACGCCAUAACAUAGGGCGCAAAAUUUAAAUAGACACCAAUAAUUUUUAGAGCGUCCAUGUAUACUAAACAUAUGUAUUCUCGAAAUAUUGUCAAAAGCUGAGAUCAGUAAAUGUAAUUUUACGUUGUAAUAAUUACAAAAUAUAUAUUAUUA